UCCGUUUGAAAAAUCCUUCAAAAAAUCUCAAGAUUGUCGUAAUUAUCGACCUUUGACAUAUACGACGAAACGGACAUCGAAAAUCCAACAAGGCUAAAACGCGUCCCACCCAAUCGGUUCUCUCGAAUCAUCGUCGUGGAAUCGUCACUUAUCGGACGAGGGGAACGAAGGAACGAAUGAACUAUCCGUGGACCUCAGCGCUGCCGCCCGCUGGAAUUUCUCCUGUCGUCGUCUGCACAUAACCUCUCUCUUUCCCUCAUCUUUUGGCUGCUCUCUUCACCACCUCUCACCUCUGUCCCUAUUAUCACUUUAUCGCUCCUUUUCUGUCUCUUCCAUAUUUAACACUUGGCUUAUUCGUCUAUUUCGCAUCAAAGAGAAGAAACGUGAUCAACAUUCCUGUGUUUCGUUGAACUCGUUGUGCGCGCGGUGAUACGAUUGCUUUUAACGAUUGCGGUCGCAACAAAUGCUGAUCAUUUGUGCUUGUCAUAUGAUUUAAGCCGUUCGCCGGCAUGUGGAUAUCUGAAUACCGAUACUCAAUCAUCGGUGACGAAGACGCAAUGAUAAUAUUCACUUGAUUCUUAUAUAUACGAAGCAGCCGGUCAUAACUGUACGUAACCUAAAAGCAAAUGAAAGACAGAACAAGAGAUGACAUUAAACAAAUGUGCACUGGAACGGUGGAUGUGAAAUAACAUUUGGAUUUGUUGUUUCGAAAGCACACGACGCAUCGUGCUGACUAUUUUUCUCUGUUGUUUCAUCAUUAAACUGUUGCACGAACGGACGUUAAGACCUGUAUUUCGUAUCUAUGUUCUCCAAUACGAGACCAGGCGAUUAUCGUUACUUCGUAUCGACAACUUAUUUAUCGGUCGAUUCAACAGAAAAACGGAAAGUAGUAGUACAACCAUGCGUUGCUGUACCUUGAUACGUCACAGAUCACGCUGGACGAACUCUUGAGCGGGAUCGCAAGACGUGCUGCGGCUAUAGAAUUAUUCAACCUGGCGGAAUCGUCGAAGAAACGCAAGACGUACCUCUGGGAGCAUUGGCUCGCGCUCACGCGAAUAUGAGCAUGACUCUCGUCCGGAAUACGUUCAAAGGUUGCAGCGAGGACGAGGCAGCAGGUGUCGUGAACGCGGAGGUGGGCGGAGGUUGCACGGCUGGGGCGCCAACCACAGGAAGUGGGGGUGGAGGUGGCAGCGGGACAGGUAGCGAGGCUGGAGGAGGAGGUGGGGGUGGUGGCCGUGGCAGCGGUGAGGGCGGAUCGACGAAACAGGGUGGCGAGAGGUGUCCCCAGUGCGGCUUCCUCUGUCGGGACGUCCACGUGCUUCAGCUCCAUCUCGAGGACACGCACAAGACCUCGUACGCCAUCGACAAGAACGAUCUCAACGCUCAAUUCCCCCAAGUGUCCUGCAAGGUGUGCAGCAAAACCUUCGCCAACGUCUACCGACUCCAGAGACACAUGAUCAGCCAUGAUGAGAGUGCCGUGCUUCGUAAGUUUAAGUGUCCCCAUUGCGAGAAAGCCUUCAAGUUUAAGCAUCACCUCAAGGAGCACCUUCGCAUUCAUAGCGGUGAAAAGCCAUUCCAAUGUAACAACUGCGGCAAACGUUUUUCCCAUUCGGGCUCGUAUUCGAGUCACAUGACCUCGAAGAAGUGCCUGAUAGUGAAUUUAAAGAAAUCCAGGCAUACGAAUGUGAGCAACGUGGACCGCGGAUCGAAAAAGGCGCAACAAUCCCUGCCGCCGGGGCGGCGCGAUGUCGAUCUGCUUGCGGCGAAUAAUAAUACUUUCCUCCCUAUUCUGCCGAAGCUUUCACCCUCGGAUUAUCAGGAGAUACAACGAGAAGGAGCGGGUAUUUACGAUAUGCCUACUCUUCUGCCACAAAUGAUGGGUUUCGGCAGUUAUUUUCUGCAGACGUCGUUGGGCAAAAUCUUAAAUCAGCUACAUUCCAAGAGAUUGGACGAGGUAGCCGAGCAAUUCGAAUCUCAUCGGGAACUUAUGAGCCCGUCGACAGCGGAUUCUGAGGGCACAGAGGGCACAGAGGGCAAAGAAUCUCCGGCACCCACCGAUCCUCAGGGUCUGGACGCAGUUCGGCGUAUUCUCGAAACGGUGAACACCUCUGUAACGAAACAACUGCUCGAGGCGAACGUGCGGAAAUUAUCCACAUCGCCGGCCACGAUGAAACGGGAGUUUGAGGAGGAUUAUCAAGAUCAAGACAGCGAGAUGUCCAGCGAGAUGGCACACUAUCCAGAUUGGUCAGCGACGGAUCAAUAUGAUUCGCAGAGUGAAGGUUUAGCGGCAAAACUCGAAGACGUGAAUCAGCCCAAUGCGAAAUCAAGCUAUAAAAGAAAAACAACAGAGGAUAGUUCGGAGGCGGACUCGGAGGACGAGGAGGAUGGUACACAGAUGCACAACGAUAAUGGAAGGAGAGUUAGAGCUAGAUCAUUAAUAGACGAUGAACAAUUGGCUGUUCUCAAGGGUUACUAUGCUAUUAAUCCUCGGCCUAAGAAAGAGGAGAUCACUAUGAUCGCCAACUACAUCAAUUUCCCUACUCGUGUCGUGCAGGUUUGGUUCCAAAAUUCCCGAGCGAGAGAUCGACGAGAAUCGAAAAUACCACCUCUAGUACCGUUGGCUAAUCCGGCUAGUCAGACAAUAUACGAACAACCAUUAGAUUUGUCUAAGAAAGAAGCUCUUACAGAAUCGGUACGCAAAGACAAUAACACUGUCUGUGUAAAGUUCACAUCUUCGUCUCCUGUUGAACAGAAGAACGAUAAUGCAUCUUCGCAUAAUCAAGACGCGGAUGAUUUGGAGGAUUCUCCACUUGUUAUUGAUGAAGAAACUACCGAUUCUGUAGAAACAAAACGUACGGUUCCAACGGGAGAAAUUGUUUCAAAGAGUCAACCUCAAAUAAAUAUGAAAAACGAAAGUGAAAAUACGAGUCAACCAGAGGCUUCGCCAGCAGCAGAAAUUGAACAGGGUGUCUACUUUUGUGAUCGCUGUGACAAAACAUUUUCCAAACAUAGCUCCCUAGCAAGACACAAAUACGAACAUUCCGGGCAAAGACCGUACAAAUGCGUAGAGUGCCCAAGGGCGUUCAAGCACAAGCAUCAUCUGACCGAACAUAAGCGAUUGCACAGCGGCGAAAAACCCUUCCAAUGCUCCAAAUGCCUCAAGCGCUUUUCUCACUCUGGCUCCUACAGCCAACACAUGAAUCAUCGUUACUCUUACUGCAAGCCAUAUAGAGAAUAGAAAUAUUUUCGCUAGUUGAAAAUGAAGAUUCUCUCGCUGACUUAGCUAAGUAUGUACGGUCUUUUUUUCCUUUUUUGAUACAGGAUUCGGCAUUUAAAAAAAAAAAAAAAAAAAAAAAAAAAA